AUGGAACCAAGGAACAAUAUAUCUUACUUUGUCCUCUUGGGCCUCACAAAGAAUCCAAAGGAGCAAAAAGUCCUUUUUGUUAUGUUCUUGGUCUUUUACAUUUUGACUGUACUGGGCAACUUUCUCAUUAUCAUUACUGUAACUAUUAGUAAGACUUUGAACUCACCAAUGUACUUUUUUCUUGCUAGCUUAUCAUUUAUGGAUGUCACUUCUUCUUCUUCUAUUACCCCCAGAUUGAUUUCAGACUUGUUCUUUGGGGAAAAAAACAUAUCCUUUGAAUCUUGCAUGACUCAGCUGUUUGCAGAGCACCUUUUUGCUGGAUCCGGGGUCUUCCUUCUGCUGGUGAUGGCCUAUGACCGCUAUGUGGCCAUCUGUAAGCCCUUGCAUUAUCUGGUGAUCAUGAGGCAGAGGAUUUGCAUUGUGCUGCUGGUGGUGUCCUGGGUUGGAGGUUUUCUCCACUCAAUUAUUCAACUCAGCACUGUUUACGGGCUCCCAUUCUGUGGCCCGAAUGUCACUGAUCACUACAUGUGUGACAUGUACCCUUUAUUGAAGCUUGUCUGUACCGACACCUAUGUCACUGACCUCUUAGUUGCAUCCAAUGGGGGGCUGAUCUGCACUAUUGUGUUUCUGCUCUUACUCGUCUCCUAUGUAGUCAUCCUGCACUCUCUGAAGAACCUGAGUCAGGAAGGGAGGCAGAAUGCCCUCCAGACCUGUGGUUCCCACAUCACUGUGGUUGUCUGCUUCUUUGUUCCCUGUAUUUUCAUAAAUGCAAGACCUGCUAAGACCUUCCCCAUUGACAAAUCUGUGAGUGUGUUCUAUACAAUCAUAACUCCCAUGCAGAACCCAUUAAUCUACAGUCUAAGAAAUUCUGAGUUGACUAAUGCUAUGAAGAAGCUCUGGAAAAGGAACAUUGUAUCUCAUAGUAAUUAA